AUGGCAUUGCCUUUUGUCGCCCGUCGUCAGGCGGUACCAGCUCCGUUCGAGAAGCUGCAAAGCCUCAUUGAAUCGGAAUUUGGCGAAUCGACGCUGCAGUUUUUCAUGAAUGGCAGGAAAAUCGUACUCGAGAAUCCGAACCCAGAAUGGACUUUGCUUGACUUCAUUCGUUCUCGACAUGGGCACAAGGGCACUAAACUCGGGUGCGGUGAAGGUGGCUGUGGUGCCUGUACCGUGGUCCUGCAACAACUUGACAGAGACUCUGGGAAGCCCAGACUGAGGCACCUUGCUGUGAAUGCUUGCCUUUACCCCUUGAUUGGUGUGGUCGGCAAACACUUGAUCACCGUCGAAGGACUUGGAACUGUAGAUCAUCCACACCCCCUUCAGGAGCGCAUUGCGAAGCUCCAUGGCUCCCAGUGCGGCUUCUGCACACCCGGCAUUGUGAUGAGUAUGUACGCAAUGAUCAGGAACGCCUGGGAUCCCGAAUCACAAUCUUUCAGACUGUCCGCCAGCGAUAUUGAACUCGAGGGGCACCUUGAUGGAAACCUGUGUCGGUGUACAGGAUACAAGCCUAUCCUGGCAGCCGCGAAGACUUUUAUCGUGGAUGACCUGAAGUCGAACAUCGUGGAGGAGCACGAUAGUGAUGAGGCUCUUUUGGAAGACGAGCAAGGCCAGCGAACCAAAUAUGUACCCGAAGGCAUUCCAGAACUCCUCAAAAAAUCACCUUUGUCAUGCGGGAGACCUGGUGGCUGCUGCAGGGAUAAUCCGGGGUCAAAUUCAGGCUGCUCGUCCAAAGAAGACUCAGUCGAGAGCGCACAAGAGACGUCCUCCGAUGAAGAAUCAGGGAAGAGCUCGCAAACAUCCUUGACAUCUUCUGGUCAGUCAGAGGAGAAGGAAGUGAGCGGAGCUUCCUAUGGUCAGCCGAUCAGAAGGAGACAAAGAGACCCUCCGCCGGGAGAAGAAGGAGAAGGUCUUAAGACUGGAACGAGUCUGGAUGCGCCUCCGCCAAAAUCAUACCCAGCUGGACUGCUACCUGAUUUGCUCCCCUACAUUCCUGGGACUGAGUUGAUCUUCCCGCCCUCAUUGAAGAAGUUUGAGCUGCAACCGAUCUGCUACGGGAACUCGGACAUGAUUUGGCUCAGACCUACUACCUUGGAGCAAUUACUUGCCAUCAAAUCUUUGGACCCUACCGCAAAGCUGGUCGGAGGUUCCAGUGAAGUCCAAGUUGAGAUCCGAUUCAAGUACUCUAAGUUUGCUAUCAUGGUCUUCGUCGGCGACAUCCCUGAUCUCAAACGAUCCGUUUUGCCGACCAGCGAUGAAGAUAUUGCUCGAAUGACCGAAGUCGUGAUUGGCGCCAACACCAGCCUGACAGAUUGCGAAAGCAUAUUCAAAGAUCUCUCCCGCAAACUAGGGCGACGUGGCCUGGUACUAGAGGCUGCAAGAAAGCAACUUCGAUAUUUUGCAGGGCGCCAGAUCCGAAACGCUGCUUCUCUGGCCGGUAACAUCGCCACAGCUUCUCCUAUCUCCGACAUGAAUCCUGUCCUGCUUGCUUCCGGUGCUACAGUCGUUGCUCAAAGCAAAAGCGACGGUGAAAUUCUCCUGCCGAUGAAGACAUUCUUCCUAGGAUAUCGCAAGACCAGUCUGCCUCCCGACGCUGUCAUCACGCAAAUCCGGUUCCCAAUCCCUCCCCCUGAAGCAGCAGAGGUCACCAAAGCCUAUAAACAGGCGAAGAGGAAGGACGACGAUAUCGCAAUUGUCACCGCAGCCUUCACAGUCAGAUUAAGUGACGACGGUCUUGUCGAAACUAUUGCAUUAGCUUAUGGAGGUAUGGCCCCCACAACUGUCCUGGCAAAGAACACGGCAGACGUGCUCAGCGGUCAGAAAUGGUACGACCCCCGAACUCUCGAGGCUGGCCUUCAAUCUUUACGUAAGGACUUUGAUCUGAGUUUGGGAGUACCAGGAGGCAUGGCAACUUAUCGUGUCACUCUAGCACUCUCAUUCUUCUUCCGAUUCUGGCAUGAGGUUGUUGCUGAGCUGAAGCUCGGCGAGGUUGAUCGCCAAUUGAUUGAAGAGAUCCACCGAGGCAUCUCAUCUGGGAGUCGUGACAAUUUUAAUCCCGAAGAACAAAGAGUGGUUGGAAAACAGAUUCCGCAUUUGUCUGCACUCAAACAAAACACGGGCGAGGCAGAGUACCUUGACGACAUCCCGCACCAGGACCAGGAGUUGUACGGUGCAUUCGUGUUUUCGCAAAAAGCUCAUGCAAAGUUAGUCGAAGUCGACUUUUCACCCGCCAUUGGACCCGGUCUAGCAGUGGGCUACGUGGACAAGAAUGAUCUCUCCAAAGAACGCAACUACUGGGGCCCCGUCAAGGCCGACGAGCCAUUGUUCGCCGAUGGAACUGUCUACUCUCACGGCCAAGUCAUUGGCCUGGUCUACGCUGAGACUGCACUUCAGGCCCAGAAAGCCGCCAGACUCGUUAAGGUGGUCUACGAGGACCUCCCUCCUAUCCUGACCAUAGACGAAGCUAUUGAGGCGAAGAGCUUCUACCAUCACCCGCGGGAACUGAAAAAAGGUCUCGCCAUCGAAGAUGCCAUGGACAAGGCGUUUGCAGGCUGCCACCGAGUUUUCGAAGGGACAGUCCGCAUGGGAGGCCAAGAGCAUUUCUAUCUUGAAACCAAUGCUUCUAUGGUUAUUCCCCACAUUGAGGAUGGGUACAUGGACGUUUGGUCCUCCACACAGAAUACAAUGGAAACCCAAGAAUGGGUCAGCCACACUACAGGCAUGCCCAGCAACCGUAUCAACGCACGUGUCAAGCGUAUGGGAGGGGCCUUUGGCGGCAAGGAAUCUCGAAGCACACCCAUUGCAUGCGUGUUGGCAGUUGCGGCACAAAAGGAAAAACGUCCGGUGCGAUGUAUGCUGAAUCGCGACGAAGACAUGAUGACCAGUGGCCAGCGGCAUCCUUUCCAGGCUCGGUGGAAGGUCGGAGCCAUGAGAGACGGCACUCUCGUCGCACUCGACAUUGACCUCUACAACAACGGCGGCUGGUCUCUUGACAUGAGCAGCGCAGUCAUGGAUCGGUGUUCAACGCAUAUUGACAACUGCUAUGAGAUCCCGAACGUGCAUGUGCGCGGUCACCUGUGCAAGACGAACACCCACAGCAACACUGCCUUCCGAGGCUUCGGCGGUCCACAAGCGAUGUUUAUUGCUGAAACCUUCAUGUAUGCCGUUGCUGAGGGACUCGAAAUUGACAUCGACCAGUUGCGCCUGAAGAAUAUGUACAAGGAGGGUCACCAUACACCAUUCCUCCAGCUGAUCGACGAGGACUGGCAUGUGCCGUUACUGAUGUCUCAGCUGAAGGAGAAGUGCGAUUUUGACAAACGCAAGGCUGCCGUGAGGAUAUAUAACCAGAACAACAAGUGGAAGAAGCGCGGCAUAGCAUUGAUUCCGGCAAAAUUUGGAAUCAGUUUCGCUACGGCCAACCAUCUGAAUCAAGCCAGUGCGGCCGUCAAGAUCUUUGCCGAUGGCAGCGUCCUUCUGCACCACGGCGGUACUGAGAUGGGUCAAGGCCUCUACACAAAGAUGGCACAGGUUGCGGCACAAGAGCUUAAUGUCCCAGUCGACUCCAUCUACACCAAUGAAACGCAAUCGUUCUACACGGCUAAUGUGUCACCCACUGCAGCGUCCUCCGGUAGUGACCUGAACGGCAUGGCUAUCAAGGAUGCAUGUGACCAGCUCAAUGAGCGUCUGAAGCCGUACCGCGAGAAGUUUGGCCCCGACGCCAGCAUGAAAACCAUGGCACAUGCAGCCUAUAUGGACCGUGUCAACCUGUCGGCCUCGGGAUUCUGGAAAAUGCCCAAGGUCGGGUACCAAUGGGGCAACUAUACACUUGGCUCCGUCAAGCCAAUGUACCAUUACUGGACACAGGGCGUCGCAUGCAGUGAAGUCGAGCUUGAUCUAUUGACAGGGGACCACACUGUUCUUAGGACCGAUAUUCACAUGGAUGUGGGUCGGUCCAUCAACCCGGCAAUCGACUAUGGUCAGAUUGAAGGUGCCUACGUCCAAGGUCAGGGUCUCUUCACCAUCGAAGAGUCGCUGUGGACCCAAAGUGGCCAACUGUUCACCAGAGGACCAGGGACGUACAAGAUCCCAGGGUUCAGCGACAUCCCGCAGGAGUUCAACGUGACGUUACUCCAGGGCGUAUCGUGGAACCAUCUGGGUACCAUCCAGAGCAGCAAGGGUAUCGGCGAGCCUCCUUUGUUCUUGGGUGCCGCUGCGUUGUUUGCGUUGAGAGAUGCGUUGGUAAGCGCGAGAAAGGACAAUGGAGUCAAGGAGCCGUUGAUUCUCCACAGCCCGGCCACGGCCGAGAGACUUCGAUUGGCGGUGGGAGACGACUUGUUGAAGAUGGGAACGGUUGUGCCGAAGGAAGGCGAGAAAAACUUCCUCGUGGCUGUGGCUUAG